CAGGAAAAACUGAGUAGGUGCAAAUGUCACAAUCAUUUUGGAUUGAGUAAUUUUGACUGAGACCACGUCUACAGCUGGGCACUCUGGCUACCAUUUUAUUUUAUUUUAUUUUUUCACUCAUAAUUGACUAGUCAAACACCUUUGUGUGCAUUCCAAGUCUUUUCAACAAUAUAAAUAUACAUUCUUCCAGAUCCAAAUCCAGACAGCCAAAACUUGAACCAAUAUGGAAGGCCAUAAUAGCAACCUAACACAACUUCCUCAAGUGGGAGUGGUGAUGGUACCACUUCCGGCACAAAGCCAUCUCAACCAACUCCUCCAUCUCUCUCAUUUCAUUACCUCAUAUGGAAUACCAGUUCAUUUUGCUGGAUCUGAAAGCCACAAUCGCCAAGCAAAGCUUCGUCUCCAUGGUUGGAAUACAGAAAGGCUAGCUAAAAUCCAGUUCCAUGACUUUCAACUCCCUCCUUAUAAUACCUCACCUCCAGUUCCUUCAACCCUCGGCCACACUGUUCCUUUUCCAGCUCACUUUUAUCCACUUUUUGAAGCUGCUACACAUCUCCGAGAACCUGUUUCUCAACUCUUGCAGCAACUCUCAACAAUGUACAAGAGAGUCAUUGUCAUUCAUGAUAUUGUAAUAGCUUCCGUGGUCCAAGAUGUAAAACUUAUACCAAAUGCUGAGUCCUACAGUUUGGUUCCCAUUUCUUCUUUUGCUCUUUUCUUAGGUUUCUGGGAAAACAUAGCUGACAAACCUUUUCAGCUAGAUUUGACAGAUAUCCCAAAAUCCAUUCCCUCGAAUGAAGGGUGCACUCCACCAGAGAUUGAUAGCUUUGUUGCUAAUCAAUUCAAAUUCAGAGGAAUAGAGUCUGGAAACAUCUACAACACCUCCAGACCGAUAGAAGGCAGAUAUGUUGAACUGUUGGAAAAGCUAUCAGCAGACAAAAAACAUUUUGUACUUGGACCUUUUAAUCCUGUAGAAUUGAAAAGCAGCAGCAGUUCACAGAGACAUGAAUGCCUGGAAUGGCUGGACCAACAAGAGCAAGGUUCUGUAAUAUAUGUAUCUUUUGGAUCGUCAACAUCACUGAGUUAUGAGCAGACCAGGGAAUUGGCAGCAGGGUUGGAAACAAGCGGGCAAAAGUUUGUAUGGGUGCUUAGAAACUGCGACACAGGUGACAUUUUUGCAGAAGGUGAACUAAAAAGACCUCAGCUACCACAACAAUAUGAAGAGAGAGUGAAAAACAGAGGAAUUGUGCUAAGAGAUUGGGCACCCCAGCUAGAAAUUCUAGCCCAUCCCUCAACAGGUGGGUUCAUGAGUCACUGCGGGUGGAACUCAUGCAUUGAGAGUAUAAGCAUGGGAGUUGCCUUAGCAGCAUGGCCUAUGCAUUCAGAGCAGCCACUUAAUGCCCUAUUGGUAACAGAGGUAUUAAGAGUAGGUACAUUGGUGAGGGAUUGGGAACACCGCGAUAAGUUGGUAUCGUCAACCACUAUAGAGAAUGCAGUCAAAACACUGAUGACUACAGAGGAAGGAGAAAAGAUGAGAAAAAGAGCUAUAGAACUAGGUGAUGCUGUUCGACAAUCACUUGCUAAAGGUGGUACCGCUGAGGUAGAAAUGGAUUCUUUCAUUGCUCAUAUAUGCAGGUGAUCUUUCUAUAUCAAGAGGUCUCCCCAUCCUCUAGGAAAGGCAAAAGAUGGCACCAGUAUCUGUUCCCUUGAGUCCUUGACGUAUUCACCGAAACACAUAUAUAGGCAAACAGCUCAACUACAGGCUUCAGCAAAAGAAAACAUGGAUACCUUUCCCACUUGAACACAUUUUUCAUGUAUGUUUCAAUUUGGUUUUUUUAAUCAUGGUAUUGAAUACAUAGCUGGAUAUGUUUCACUAUGCAUCAAUACUAUAAAAUAAAUUCGUGCUCCGUAAUCUCUUUUUGUACAUUUACUUUCUUGUGUAAGUUUCUGGUGAACCCAAAGCAAAAUUACUUCAACUCUACCUUUCUAA